AUGAUCCGCCAUGACUAUUCUCGAGUCGACUCCAAGCGACGAGCAAACCUCAGUCACAAGAAGAAGCAAUUCGCCAAGGCGGAAUUCCAGGAGCAGACCUACGAGCACCGCCUCAGCCUUUACACACUACCGCCGACGGCCGAGAUCACCCUCGAGGAGUUUGAGCAAUGGGCGAUUGAUCGACUGAAGGUCCUCUCCGAAAUCGAAGCAUGCACAUUUCGCAACAAGAGCCCCGAAGAGACCGCUGAGUACAUGAAGAGCAUUCUAGACAAAUACAUACCGCUGCGAUCCAGCACGUCGAAGAGCCAGCACCUGCAUCACGAGAGGAAGAAAGAUCACUAUUCACACUUCAUCUUGAGACUUGCAUUCUCUGCGACUGAAGACCUGCGCAGGCGGUUCUCUAGAUUGGAGACGAUGCUGUUUCGGCUAAGAUUCAAGGAUGAUGACUGUUUCGAAAGACAGGAGUUCGUCAGAAGCUUGAACCUCGAGUGGGAAGAGGUACAAGAAGCGGAGAAAAGGGAACUGAAGGAAGAGCUACUAGCUGCGGCUGGUGGAGGUAUGAAGAGUCGCGAAGAACAAGAGUGGUUCAAGGUCGAUUGGGAGAGAGUGCCAGAGCUAGUGGAGCAGAGGAGGGUGUUCCUCAAGAGGGGAAAGGCGUACGUACCACAGCGAGAGCAGAUGAGUUUGGUGGUCGCGGAAUUCACCAAGAAGCUGGACGAGGCACUCGAGCUCACUUCUCGCGCCCUCCCCCGCCUCGACGAAGACGAUCGCCUCGCCCCUAUCCUCGCGCAUCUCUCACAAUCUUUCACAGCGCCCGACGCCGCCUACUCCACCUCCGAUGCCAAUAUCGACGGCCUCUCCGCCAUAACCGCGAGUUCGAUCGAUACGCUCUCGCAAAACUUUCCUCUUUGCAUGCGCAACCUACACACAACGCUGCGAGAGAACUCACACUUGAAACAUUUCGGACGCUUACAGUACACCCUUUUCCUCAAGGGCAUCGGUCUCUCGCUCGAUGAAUGCAUCAUCUUCUGGCGAAGAAGCUUCAAAUUGAUGACGGACGACAAGUUUGCGAAGGAAUACCGUUACAACAUCCGCCACUCAUACGGCGACGUUGGUGGAGACAGCAACCGAAGAGGGCGUGGCUAUACACCUUAUUCCUGUCAAAAGCUCUUAACGGAACCACUUCCUGGACCGGGCCAGACACAUGGUUGUCCGUAUCGCACAUUUACGCCUGACAACCUGAUCUCGGUGCUGCAGAGGGUAGGUGUGAACGAGAGAGACGUAUUAAAAACUGUGAGAGAGGAUGUGGGCAAGCAGAGAUACCACGUCGCGUGUAACCGGGUGUUUGAAUGGAGCCACAAGAGGGAAAUCAAGAAGGUCAAAGACGAUGGUUCGUGGAGUGCCACCGAUCUUGACACCAUCGUUCAUCCCAAUACGUACUUCAAGAGGAGUUGGCUGCUGAAGCAUUUGGGCGAAGGCAAUGCCGGGAUAGUUAACGGUGGGCCGGGAGACAAGAUGGAGGAUUAA